CCGACUUCUUUAUAUUUAUAGUAGUGGAAGAAAUCGAGUAACCGACUACUUAGAACUAGCAUUCACAAAGAAUCAAAUUACCUUCGUGAUCGUUUAGAUUGGCCAAAACCAAUUUGUCUCUCACACGGUCUGAGCAGUGUCAAGAUCAUGUGCAGCGCCGACUCAUUUGUUUUUCACGCUCUGAAGUGUUAGAUUUAGCGCUCUGUCCGGCCGAAGCCGUUGGAAUAUUUCCUAACGACCCUUUUAAAUAUAUAUAUAUAUAUAUUUAUGUUUCUCUUGAGUUUCUUUUCAGCACUUCGAACGACACUGACUCACCAGUGAGUCAAACCUGAAAAGGACCUUUCUCGAAGAUGUGAUGGUUGAAAACAAUGGAGGAAACUAAAGCGAGUAGUACUGUGGAAAAUGGGAGCUCGAGCGAUGGUCGGCCUCCGAACCCUCUCGCUGGGGCGUUCAGGGAAUGCAUCAGUUCCCCAAACGCGGCCGUGGGUUACAAGAAAUCGCUCGUUCGCCACCCAUCUCUUCAGAUGAAGACAAAAACGACGGAUUUUUCUGCUGAACCAGGACUUGAUGUGGAGGAUUGCCAGUCUCAUUUCUCUCCUAUUAUCCGAUCUGGAGCAUGGACUGAUAUUGGGUUUCGUGCAAGCAUGGAAGAUGCUUAUGUUUGUGUUGAUAAUUUCAUGCAAAAUUAUGGGCUUAAGAACUUGCCUGAUGGACCAAGCGCCUUUUAUGGGGUUUUUGAUGGACAUGGAGGAAAGCAUGCUGCCGACUUUGCUUGCUAUCAUUUACCUAAGUUUAUAGUUGAGGAUGAUGGAUUCCCUGGGGAUGUUGAGAAAGUUCUUGCUUCAGCAUUUCUCCAAACUGAUGUUUCUUUUGCAGAAGCUUGCUCCUUGGAUGCUGCCCUUGCUUCUGGUACCACUGCCUUGGCAGCUCUUGUGAUUGGAAGACUGUUGGUGGUAGCAAAUGCUGGAGAUUGUCGAGCAGUGCUUUGUCGCCGUGGUAAAGCAAUUGAAAUGUCAAGGGAUCACAAACCCAGCUGCGGCAAAGAGAAGAGGCGCAUUGAGGCAUCUGGUGGAUUCGUAUAUGAUGGUUAUCUUAACGGACAGCUUAAUGUUGCUCGCGCUUUAGGAGACUGGCAUAUGGAAGGAAUGAAGGACAGCAAAGGUGGACCACUAAGCGCUGAGCCAGAGCUUAUGACUGCAAACCUGACAGAGGAAGAUGAAUUUCUGAUCAUUGGCUGUGAUGGAAUCUGGGAUGUGUUUAGAAGCCAGAAUGCCAUUGAUUUUGCUCGGCGCAGGCUUCAGGAUCACAAUGACCCAGCUAUGUGUUGUAAGGAUUUGGUUGACGAGGCUUUGAAGAGGAAGAGUGGUGAUAACUUAGCUGUUGUUGUUGUCUGCUUCCAAACGCAGCCUCCACCAAAUUUGGUUGCCCCUCGCUCAAGAGUUCACAGGAGCUUUUCUGCUGAAGGCUUGAGGGAGCUGCAAAGCUUUUUAGAUAGCUUGGCAGAUUAAGAUGGCGACGACUUUUUCCCCUUAAAUUAUGUUUUUAUUUUGAGUAAUCAUAUAUGCACACAAAUUAUUCAAUAAAUCUUUAUACAAAACGGUAUGACAUUUUUUCGACCAGUCAUUUCCUUAAGGUAAGAUUAAGACAGCAUGUCAUAUCAUUAUGUGUAAAUAUUUGGUGUACAAUUUGUGUGCACAUAUCAUUACUUAUAUUUUAUUUUUCAUAAUUCAAAUUAUGUUUAGUUUAACAAGUUGAGAGAGAAUCAUAGAGUUCCAACUGUAUGCGGCAGCAAUGUUGGGGAGACGUUAUCAAUCGUUUCAUCGGGAGUUUAUUAGUAUUUAAUUGACAUUUGAUUAGGCAGUUGCUCCUUUAAAAUUUAUUUAUUCAGUGAUUUUUUUGUAAAAGAUACCCUGGUUUUGCUUGUGCACAUCUUAAAAAACUUGAAGGCCAGUUUUGGACCGAAAUUCUAAUUAUUUAUUGCUGAAACUGGCCAAUCGAUGUACCAUCAAGGAGAUUUUGGCAUCGAUACAUAGCUGUAAAUAAUGUGUUUUUCUUAUAGUUCA